GCGGGGCGCGCCGGGGCGGCCCAGGCCGGAGAAGUUAGUUGUGUGCGCCGCGGAGUGCGCGGAGCCAGCCAGCCAGCUACGCAGCCCGCGAGGCGCCGGGAGCAUGGGCUGGGGGAGCCGCUGCUGCUGCCCGGGACGGCUGGACCUGCUGUGCGUGCUGGCGCUGCUCUGGGGCUGCCUGCUCCCGGUGUGCCGGACGCGUGUCUACACCAACCACUGGGCGGUCAAGAUCGCCGGCGGCUUCCCGGAGGCCGACCGAAUCGCCAGCAAGUACGGCUUCAUCAACAUAGGACAGAUAGGGGCCCUGAAAGAUUACUACCACUUCCACCACAGCAGAACGAUCAAAAGGUCAGUUCUCUCCAGCAGAGGAACCCACAGUUUCAUUUCCAUGGAACCAAAGGUGGAAUGGAUCCAACAGCAAGUGGUAAAGAAACGGACAAAGCGGGAUUAUGACCUCAGUCGUACCCAAUCUACCUACUUCAAUGAUCCCAAGUGGCCCAGCAUGUGGUACAUGCACUGCAGUGACAACACUCAUCCUUGCCAAUCAGACAUGAAUAUUGAAGGAGCCUGGAAGAGAGGCUACACAGGAAAGAACAUCGUGGUGACCAUCCUGGAUGAUGGCAUUGAGAGAACCCACCCUGAUCUGAUGCAAAACUAUGAUGCUCUGGCAAGCUGUGAUGUGAAUGGGAAUGACUUGGACCCAAUGCCUCGUUAUGAUGCAAGCAAUGAGAACAAGCAUGGAACCCGCUGUGCUGGAGAAGUGGCAGCCACUGCAAACAACUCUCACUGCACAGUCGGAAUUGCUUUCAAUGCCAAGAUCGGAGGCGUGAGAAUGCUGGAUGGGGAUGUCACAGACAUGGUGGAGGCAAAGUCAGUCAGCUUCAACCCCCAGCACGUGCACAUAUACAGUGCCAGUUGGGGCCCGGAUGAUGACGGCAAGACUGUGGACGGACCGGCUCCCCUCACCCGGCAAGCUUUUGAAAAUGGUGUUAGAAUGGGACGGAGAGGCCUUGGCUCUGUGUUUGUCUGGGCAUCUGGCAAUGGCGGAAGGAGCAAAGACCACUGCUCCUGCGAUGGUUACACCAAUAGCAUCUACACCAUCUCCAUCAGCAGCACAGCGGAAAGUGGAAAGAAACCUUGGUACCUCGAAGAGUGUUCAUCUACACUGGCCACCACCUACAGCAGUGGAGAGUCCUAUGAUAAGAAAAUAAUCACUACAGAUCUAAGGCAGCGAUGCACAGACAACCACACGGGAACGUCUGCCUCAGCCCCCAUGGCUGCGGGCAUCAUUGCACUGGCCCUGGAAGCCAAUCCGUUUCUGACCUGGAGAGACGUACAGCAUGUUAUUGUCAGGACUUCCCGUGCGGGACAUUUGAACGCUAAUGACUGGAAAACCAAUGCUGCUGGUUUUAAGGUGAGCCAUCUCUAUGGAUUUGGACUGAUGGAUGCUGAAGCCAUGGUGAUGGAGGCAGAGAAGUGGACCACCGUUCCCCAGCAGCACGCGUGUGUGGAGAGCACAGACCGACAAAUCAAGACGAUUCGCCCCAACAGUGCAAUACGCUCCAUCUACAAAGCCUUAGGUUGCUCUGAUAACGCCAACCACUAUGUCAAGUACCUGGAGCAUGUGGUUGUGCGCAUCACCAUUACCCACCCCCGGAGAGGAGAUCUGGCCAUCUACCUGACCUCACCCUCAGGAACCAGAUCCCAGCUUUUGGCCAACAGGCUAUUUGAUCAUUCUAUGGAAGGGUUUAAAAAUUGGGAGUUCAUGACCAUUCAUUGCUGGGGAGAACAAGCUGCAGGUGAUUGGAUUCUUGAAGUUUAUGAUACUCCCUCUCAACUGAGGAACUUCAAGACUCCAGGUAAAUUGAAAGAAUGGUCUUUAGUCCUCUAUGGCACCUCUGUGCAGCCAUACUCCCCAACCAACGAGUUUCCUAAGGUGGAACGUUUCCGCUAUAGCCGAGUUGAGGACCCCACAGAAGACUACGGUACAGAGGAUUAUGCAGGUCCCUGUGAUCCUGAGUGCAGUGAGGUGGGCUGUGACGGGCCAGGACCAGACCACUGCAAUGACUGUUUGCACUAUUAUUACAAGCUGAAAAAUAACACCAGGAUCUGUGUCUCCAGUUGCCCCCCGGGCCACUACCAUGCUGACAAGAAGCGCUGCAGGAAAUGUGCACCGAACUGUGAGUCCUGCUUCGGAAGCCAUGGUGACCAGUGCCUGUCCUGUAAAUAUGGUUACUUCCUGAUCGAAGAAACCAACAGCUGCAUUAUCCACUGCCCUGAUGGGUCCUAUCAGGACACCAAAAAAAAUCUUUGCCGGAAAUGCGGUGAAAAUUGCAAGACAUGUACUGAAUCCCAUAAUUGUACAGAAUGCAGGGAUGGGCUAAGCCUGCAGGGAGCCCAGUGUUCUGUCACCUGUGAAGACGGAUGGUACUUCAGUGGCCAAGACUGCCAGCCCUGCCACCGCUUCUGUGCCACCUGUGCUGGGGCAGGUGCUGAUGGGUGUAUUAACUGCACGGAGGGUUACUUCAUGGAGGAGGGCAGAUGUGUGCAGAGCUGCAGCAUCAGCUACUACCUAGACCACUCUGCAGAACAUGGAUACAAAUCCUGCAAAAGAUGCGAUACCAGUUGUUUGACGUGUAACGGCCCAGGGUUCAAGAACUGCACCAGCUGCCCCAGUGGGUACCUCUUAGACUUAGGAGUGUGUCAGCUGGGAGCCAUCUGCAAGGAUGGGGAAUUCAUUGAUGAGCAUGGCUGCUGCCAGGUCUGUGAUGCUUCGUGUGCCAAGUGCCAGGGGCCAACCCAGGAAGAGUGUACCAGCUGCUUCAUCACAAGGGUUUUUGAUGAUGGCCGAUGUGUCUUGAACUGUCCCUCAUGGAAGUUUGAAUUUAAGAACCAGUGCCGUCCAUGCCACCACACUUGCCAAGGAUGCCGAGGAAGUGGGCCUUUCAACUGUACCUCCUGCAGACCAGACAAGCACGGCAGAGAGAGCUUCCUGUACCGGGGCGAGUGUCGAGAGAGCUGCCCGGCGGGCCUCGCCCCUGCCGAGGGGCGCACCUGCCUGCCCUGCCCGGGCAACUGUGAGCUUUGCCACAACCCACACAUCUGCAUCAGGUGCGCGAGUGGCUACGUCCUAGGACCCACCAACCACACCUGCCAGAAGCUAGAGUGUGGGCAAGGUGAAGUCCAAGAUUCAGACUACGAGGAGUGCUUGCCUUGUGAGGAAGGGUGUCUGGGAUGCAGCUCGGAUGACCCAGGAACCUGUGCCUCAUGUGCUGUGGGGUAUUACAUGUUUGAGCACCGCUGUUACAAAGCCUGUCCGGAGAAGACCUUCAGGGAAGGGCUGGAGUGCAGAGCCUGCAGCGCGAACUGCGGCAGCUGUGACCCCAACGGGUGCUUCUGGUGCGAAGACAGCUUCUUCCUCCUGGGUGGCAGCUGUGCGCGGGAGUGUGGCCCCGGCUUCUACGGAGACCGAGACGUGGGAGAAUGCGUGCCCUGCCACCGGGCCUGCGAGACCUGCACGGGCCCCGGCCGCGAUGCGUGCAGCAGCUGCCUGGAAGGACUGAGGCUCCUACGUGGGGCGUGCGUGCGACGGGCCUGGCCCCCGGCAGAAGGCGAAGUCGGGAAGGAAGCUGUGUCCACUGCAAACCCAUCUUUGGUGAAGAACCUGCCGCAGGAGCGACGAAUGUGGAAAGGUCAAAUCAAAAGAGAUGUUUUGAGAAAACAUCAGCCCUGUCAUUCUUCUUGUGAAACGUGCAGUGGAUCUACAACUCGAUGUACUUCAUGUCCAAAAGGUGCAUAUCUGUUGGCCCAGGCCUGUGUUUCCUCCUGUCCCCAAGGCAUGUGGCCCUCAGUCAGGAGUGGCAGCUGCGAGAACUGUCCAGAGUACUGUGCCUCUUGCUCUGGGGAUGAUCUUUGCAUGAAGUGCCACACUCAGCCGGACCAGGUUCUCUUCCUGCACGAAGGCAGAUGCUACCACAGCUGCCCUGAGGGCUUUUAUGAAGAAGGUGACUCCUGUGAGCGCUGUAGCUCUCCUUGCAGAGCAUGUGAAGGAAAUGCCACCAAGUGCCACUCGUGUGAAGACGGUUUUGUCCUGGCCCAAGGAGUGUGCCUAGGAAGCUGCCCGGAGAGGCACGUGGCUGUGGAGAGAGUGUGCGAGCCCUGCCCAGAGAAGUGUCAGGACUGCAUCCAUGAGAAUGUGUGCAAAGAGUGCAUGCCUGACUUCUUCUUGCUCCAUGGUAUGUGCCACCAAACCUGUCCCGGAGGCUUCUACCCUGACUUGCAUCAGUGCAUCCUCUGCCAUAAAGACUGUCAGCAGUGCAGUGGCCCCAAGGCAGACGACUGCGAGCUCUGCUCCGACACCUCCGCGAUCCUCUACAAUGGGCUGUGUGUAGAAGUGUGUCCAGAGGGAACAUACUAUGAAGAAGAGGCCGAGGAAUGCAAAGCUUGUCACGAGUCCUGCCAUACCUGCUCGUCACCCAGGAUCUGCACAACCUGCCGGGAAGGCCUGCAGAUGAACAGCCGUGGCACCUGCGUGGUUCACAAGGAAUGCGCUGCCGUCGAGUACUGGGAUGAGGUCGUGCACAGGUGCAAGCCCUGUCACAGGAGCUGCUUCCACUGCACGGGGCCCGCAGAGGACCAGUGCCACAGCUGCCCGAGGAGCAGCCUUCUUCUCAACAGCACCUGCGUGGAAAACUGCCCAGAGGGCUACUUCACCGAUGAGGACAGACACCGGUGCACACCCUGCCACAGCUCUUGCAGGACCUGCGAAGGAACACACAGCAUGCAGUGCCUCUCCUGCCGAGUAGGCUGGUUGCAGCUGGGCAGCGAGUGUCUGCUUCAGUGCAGGGAAGGAUAUUAUGCAGACAAUUCCACCGGGCAGUGUGAGAAGUGUCACAAGACUUGCAAGGACUGCAAGGGCCCACACCCCACGGACUGCCUGUCCUGUGAUCCCUAUUUCUUUCUUCUCCGCUCCAAGGGAGAGUGUCACAGAGUCUGCCCAGAGCAUUACUACACAGAGCACAGUACACAGACCUGUGAGAGGUGCCAUCCAACCUGCAAGGAGUGCAAAGGAAAAGGAGUGUUGAACUGCUUAUCCUGUGUGUGGAACUACCACCUCAUGGGAGGACUGUGCACCUUGGACUGUUUUGUGGGGAAAUACCGAAUGGGAGAGGGAGAGAAAUUUACCUGUGAAAAAUGCCAUGAGAGCUGCAUGGAAUGCAAGGGACCCGGCACCAAGAACUGUACCGUGUGCUCUGCCCCCCUGCUGCUGCACCUGGAAGACAGCCGCUGCCUGCAGUGUUGCAAUGCCUCCCACCCCACCACCCAGGAGUGCUGUGACUGCCAGGAUACCAUGGAAGAGUGCAUCCUUCGGACCACCAAAGCUGAGCCAGCUUCUGAGCACGCCAGGGCGGCUCUGCUGAUCACCUCCUCCGUCAUACUGGUGCUUCUGCUGGGGGCCUCUGUGGUUGUCUGGAAGAAGUCUCGGGGCCGUGCCCAGCCCAUACAGAAGACCCGCUAUGAAAAGCUGGCUGAGCCUGCCAAGUCCUAUUCCUACAAGAGCAGUUAUCUCGAGAACACCAGCUUUGAAGAGGACCAGGUGAUUGAGUACAAGGACAGGGAUUAUGAUGAAGAAGAUGAUGAUGACAUCGUCUACAUGGGCCAAGAUGGCACUGUUUACCGGAAGUUUAAGUAUGGGCUGCUGGAUGAUGAGGAGGAGGUUGAGCUGGAAUAUGAUGAUGAGAGUUACUCCUACUAGUAACCAGAGACUACCCCACCCAAGAGCAUUGAUGGGUUGGUUUUAUCCACACACCAGGCUGAUGUGUACAUGUCUGUUUGUCUUCUUAACCAUGAGUCCAAUUAGAAUAUGCAGGAAUUCUGAAAUAUUUUGUGCCUCUUUUGAGUGGCUACAUUGUAUUAACUGUUACUGCUCAACCAUAGUUGAGGAGCAAGACAAAAUUUGAAAGUAUUUUCUUCAAAACAGUAUGUCAAGACCACAAAAUGUGGGAAGCAAAAACAAGUGAGAUUUGUAAAAAGUCUUUGAUCUGUUUAAAAAUAAUGUGUAGGGGGCAGAGGACCUAUAGAAAUUCUGUUUCCAAGAUACAUUGUGGAAACAUCUGCUACUUUCUGGAAUUCUUUAAACUAAUUUUGGGGACUACAAGAGUGUUAUUAGUCCGGGAGGACAUUCCUCUUCCCUUUUGCUGUGUUUAGGCAAGUUAGGUUUUGUGAAGACCAAGAAAAGAGGGUUCUCAUCCUCUGUAGCAGAGCACUCCUGAUGAGCAGAAGACAUCUGUGCUGAGCCUCCUCAGGACAAUUAGAGAUGAGAGAAGCAGCAUUGUAGUUGAGGUCCCGAGAGUUCCCUGGGCCCCAGGUCCUCCUCAGGAACCUGGAGUCUAACAGUCCCAAAGGCAGAGCAAGCUCAGGUCAGCAAGCUCAGGUCAGCAAGCCCAGUGUGAGAGAAAGCACCACAUUUCCCAGCAUUGCACCCUUGUGAUUUUCUAAGAACUUUUUUUCUGGUAGGAAAUAAUAAACAAAAAUGUCAAUGUUAAGGUAACAUAAAAUGGGAUAAAAAUGACAAACUCAUCCACUGUAAAAAGGAAUUUAACUGCUAAAUCAGCAGAGCUUUCCUCAGCACCCCAUCACAGAAGUGUGGAUUUUCCAUUUUAACAAAAGGACUAAAAAAUAAAAUAAAAUCCCAACAUGCUGCUCAGAAACCAUAAUCCAGUUGCCGAACAGCCUUGCACCAGCAAUUAGCCAACAUCAGGAUUUUGUUUUCCCACCCCUGUCAAGUGUGCUCUUAGAUCCAUGCAGCUGGAAACAGUUUUGCUACAGACAGUGAUGCAGAGGGAGACACCCUGGCUGUGGGAAAUUAUGUCCACAGAAUCUUACAGAUUUCCUUAUCAAAGCAGAAGUUAAAAGCAUUCCUAGGAGUGGAAUAUCAAAAAGUGAAAGUGAUGUUUGCAGAUGAUGGUGGUAAUCAUGGUAAAAUUUAUUACACACCUACUGUGUACCUAAGUAGUUCUUCUAAAAGGAAUCACUUCACUUACCUGCUUGGUACCACAACUCUGUCAAGUUGGUACCACUGUUAUUCUAUUUCUAUAAAAAGCCUAAGGUUUACAAGAGAAUAGCUCAAUGUCACAGAAAGCUAAUCAAGACGCAAGGGAUAAGAAAGACCUUAAAACACAUGUUCUUAAUAACAUGCUUCACUGACACAGGAUGGGAAAAUAAACAUCCUAAAUAGAGUGAAAGCAUGUCUCUUGCUCUAUUCUCUGAUAUCUUUAUCCUUCUAAGAGCUGUAUGACCUUUAUUAUAUAUAUAUAUGGUGAAUACAUAUAUAGAGGAUAUGUAUAUAUAUGUAUACAUAUAUACAGGAUACAUACAUAGAGGAUAUAUAUAUAUGUCACUGUCUUUCAUCUCCAAGAAGUCUUCAGGUUAUGAAAGUCUUGUGUUUCUUUAGCAAAAAGUUCUUAAACCAAGACUCAGUAAAUAUUCUCUGGAAAGAAGUAGAUUUCUUUGUGGGCUAAAAGAUUUCUAUUACACUCAGCUCUGCCGUGAUAGUAUGAAUGUAGCCAGUACACAAUGAAUGGUAAGCUCUAUUCCGAUAAAACUUUACUUAUAGAUGGUGAAAUUUGAAUUUCUGAUAAUUAUCACAUAGUAUUCUUUUGAUUUUUUUCCAAGAAUUUAAGAAUAUAAGAACUAUUCUUAGAUCACAGCAGUGCAAAAACAGGUGGUGGAUUAAGUAUCACCAAGUGUGUAGUUUGUCGACCUUGUCUUUAAAACUUCUUCAGAGAUUAUAUGUACCACAUAUACAUAUGAUAUGCUUCCCAAAAUUUUAAUCAUUCAAAAUUAUCUGUUCAAAAUCCAUUUGAAGCCCUGAUGGUUUUCUUUUCCAUCCUUGAAAAUAUAGAAAAUUCUUGUAUGAUAGCCAUCUUAUUCAUGGAAGAACUUUUUAUCUCUUGCUGUGUAGUUACACCGUCAGCCUGAGAAACAAGUAAUUUUGUUUGCACUGUAUUGCUCGUAUUCCUUGAUAAUGUAAAAACUCUGAAAGACUGAGUUUGACAUUUCUUCUCAUAUCCUGGAAAUCAUUUUCCCCCCAAAAGCUGUGUUUAUGACACACAGUUAAAAGCUGAAUGAGGUUGAAAUGACCUAAAAUACUAAGAAAAAUUGUGUUGUUACUCUAUGUGACCUGCAAUAAAAAGAAGCCUCAUGCUCGUGUA